AUGGCAGUGUGUCUGGUAGUUAGAGCGGCGUCAAAUGUUAACUAUUUAUUUUUCGUUUUGCAGUGUGAGAGGGCAAAGGAUAGUUCCUUUUUGACGAACUACAGGAAAUUGCCCCAAGAAAUCAACGGUCGUAUGUUGAGAUUAGAAACUCCGGAACCAUGGGGAGAUUCGCAAACGUACGAAAUUACCACGACAGAUAAGUUUGGAAAUUUGAUUACGACCGUGUUUAACAAAAAUGCAGAGGCGUUGUAUUUUUACAUAAAUAGAAGGGCAUCAAAGGGAAAUGGAUCAAACAAACGAAAGAACUCCAAAUUGAGAAAAAGAACACAGAAGAAUUAA